AUGCCGGAUUUCGUAUACUCGACAACCUCCAGCCCGUUUAUGACGAAAUUCCGCGAGAAGAUCCUGCCUUUCGAAUAUGACAAGCUCAAGGAGUUCCAAUUCGACAUGAGCAAAGGCUAUACGUCGAACGUCGAUAUCAUUCCUCCCCCAGCAUUAAGCCGCGGAGAUGUCCCUUUUAACUACUUGUACCGCCAAAACCCCACCGUAAAACAGUCCAUCGGCCCCUCUGGUGAAAUAACAACCACAAACACCCAACAAAUCGUCAAAGUCCUCACCCACCUCGUAGCCUGCGACGUCCCCGCUGUCCCCACUGCACCCCGCGAAAACUGCCCCCCAAUCUCAACCCUCGACAAAACCCUCCAGGAAACCAUCUCCAUCCUUCAAUCCCUCUUCGAAUCCCGCCUUGCCUGGACCCGCCGCGGCCUCCGCAACCAUCUAAUCACCAACGAACAGAAAUACGCCCUCCGCCUCGCUGUGCCGUACGUAGGCUACAUCUUCCGCUCCGGCCCCUGGCGCGACGCCAUCGUGAAAUUCGGCCAUGAUCCCCGCACCCACCCGUCCUCCUGCAUAUAUCAGACCUUCAUGUUUCGCACCCUCCCCUCCUCCAUAACGGAGCAACUCGACGAAAACGAAAACGGCAACGACAACGACAACGAAAACACCCCGGCCCCGGCGCCCGCACCACCACCCGCGACCAAAUCAACCACAACCCCAACAUCCAACAGACGCCAAACCCUCCCCCGCCCCUCCACAACCCUAGGCGACCAAUCCACCCAAUCCACCUGCCCCUCGCACAUCUUCACAGGCCAAGCCCCGCUCCCCCGCGACGGUAAGCUAUGGAUGAUCUGUGACAUCAAAGACCCCAUCCUCGCCCAACUGCUCAAACCCCGCACCUCACAGUCCUCCCUGGACAGUAAAAAUGCCUGCGACAUCCUCUCCUCGGGCUGGUACGGCAACGUCACUCUGGCCGUUGCCAAAACCAUCAUGCGGGCCAAGAUACAGCACAUGCUCGAAUUCAACACGACGCCGCCGUUCGAGGAGGACUUUGCGCCCCUGCUGCGGUUUCCGGAGAGGGUGGGCGGGGAUGAGGAGGUGGCGAGGGAAGUGGGGGCGCCGGGGGAGGAAGGUGUUUUUUGGAGAGAGGGAGGAGUGAAGAGGGUGGUGUGGUGGUGGUGGUGGUGUUGGCGCGGCGGUGGGGAGGGGAGUGGGGACAAGAGGGUUAGGUGGGAGGAUGAGGUUGGGGGAGAGGAGGGUAGAGUGGAGGUGGGUGAGGAGGAGGAGGGUGGAGAAGACGUUGAAGGAGAUGAAGCUGGUGAGAUUGAGAAUGAGAAUGAGGAUGAGGAUGGAGAUGGAGAAGAUGUGGACAUGACGGGCAUGUAG